UUUGGCCGGAGAGGCUUACCCGGGGUUGCCUUGGCUGAGAGAAAUAAAGGAGAAGGAUUCACGGAUUAAGAUAAAUUCCUCAUUUUCAUUACAGGCUUGGAGGUGGAGGAUCUCAGUGUUGGUGCCCCGAGCUUGGGAGUUAGGCGGGUCGGAGCCAGUCCUGCCCCACUUUGUGCCCACCGGUGUUGGGGAUGGUAGGGCUGCAAAAGUGAGCACGCACUCGUCUAAGAGCUUCCUCCUUUCUUCUCUUUCCCCCCUUUUUCCUCUCUCCCUACAUCAGCUCCUCACUUUGACUUGUGCUUAUAUGAACGGGAGCCAGAAAACCUUGAGAGCUCCAAACUAAGCUUCGGCACGGACAUGGCACAGGAGAAAAUGGAACUAGGCUUGGAGGUGCUGCCGAGUUCAACCACCACAGAAGACAACACUCUGAGAAGAUCCAACAGCGUCCCUUUGAUCAGUGGGCUUGGUGGCAAUACACCGGUGUUCCAAUCUGACACAUUAAGAACUCGAAGAAACAGUACAUCGUGUAUGGCACAGCACUGUCUGUUUGUGCCACCUUCUCCCAUUCAGGCUUCCACCAGUCACCUUCAUCAAAUCAAACAAAAAGAAGCCAUGGAUUUAAUGAAUAGGGAAACAAUGCAUGAAUGGUGAGUACAAACUGCAAUACAGAUGGGUCAGUCUUGGAAAGAAACUUUGAAGUAUGAAGAAGUCAAAGUCCCAACCAACACUAUUAGACCAAGUAUCCUUGGACCAUUAAAAAGAAAAGGUGAAAUGACAUUUGAACAUCAGCCAAAGAGAUUUUUCCAAGACACAACCAACGUGCUUCCUUCUGAUACUACCCAGCUAUCUGAUAGGAAUGUAUUUCUAUCUUCAGAUGCUCUUGAUAGAAACAGCAGCAGUGCAGGGUCUUCUCAUAAUUCACCAGCUAAAAUCAGCACUGUCACAAACUCUCCUGUGUUGCCUUCUGAUUUUAGUUCUCUAUUUAUUCUAGCAGAUGAGCUUUUAACUAAGUGGUUUACCUAUCCCAAGACUCUCCCCAAUAGAGCAAUGGAGAAACAAACGUGUCUCCUCAGCAGUGGCUAUUUAGUCUUUCUACUUAAUAGUUCGGUGAAUGAAAUCGUCGAGGAGACACUCGUUUCCAGAAUCCCUACUGGAAACCUGAAGCUUUACACGCUGACUUUGUAUAACUCCUCCUGA